AUGCUCAUCAUUUGCGCGCUAGUACAACCGCCCACUGGUCCUCUCAGCGACAGUACAUGUUGGUACUUUCAAUCGAAUUACUUGGUCGCAGGAGUUAAGACGAGUACGUGUAGGUCCGUAGAUGACUCUAUCUGCCCGGCGAGCUGGGAUAGCUCGCCGGGCAGAGGUCGUGGCAACGUGCGGUGGUACUAUAUUCUUUGGUGCCCGCUGCAAUAUCAUCAACCAGAGGCGACCGCUCUCACGACGCCAUAA